UCAUUGACGACACGAGGGAGGGAAAAGGAGAGAAAAUUCAAGUUAACCGUAGUUUGCAAACGCUGAAAACUUUAAUCUCUUUGAUUCAAACAGACGAUUACACUGGUUAUGAUGGAGAAGUAAACUUCUUAAAGUAUCUGGGUAUUAAGUUCAAUCUGAAAAUUUGAAAACCAAGAAAGAAGAGGUUAUGGAUUGCACAUGGAAUUCAAGAACAAGAAGAAGAUUGAAGAACUAGAGAUUACCCAUGAAACCAAUCGCAAUCGCAAACUCAGCCUCAUCGUCAAUUUUCGUAGUGCCAUACGCUAAUAGUGGUGGUUCAUCUUCCAAGAUAGUUGCCCAGAAGAACAAGCAUCCCCAAUCUUCAAAGGGUUCAGAGCCAGCUCCUGCCAGGAUUACAUCAAAUGUGAAGCAGAAUUUGCAGUUCUUGAAGUUAUGGAAGGAAUAUCAAAAGAGAAAAUCUGGCACACCCAAGCCUGCUACGAGUUACCGGAGGAAGAAGGUGGAGAAAGGUGACCUUCCAGAUGAUGAUACCGAGCUCUAUCGUGACCCUACUUUGACCCUCUAUUAUACAAACCAGGGAAUAGACACUGCAGUCCCUGUGUUGCUUGUUGAUGGUUAUAAUGUCUGCGGGUAUUGGCCCAAGCUCAAAAAACAUUUUAUGGGUGGAAGGCUUGACCUUGCUCGCCAAAAGCUUGUUGAUGAGCUCAUAACCUUUGGAAUGCUAAGAGAGGUUAAAGUGGUAGUUGUUUUUGAUGCUAUGAUGUCCGGCCUUCCAAUGCACAAAGAAAAUUUUGCUGGUGUUGAUAUAGUCUAUUCAACUGAAACCUGUGCUGAUGCAUGGAUAGAGAAAGAGGUUGCAGCGUUGAGGGAGGAUGGGUGCCCAAGGGUGUGGGUUGUCACGUCUGAUCGAUGUCAGCAACAUGCAGCACAUGGAGCGGGGGCUUUCGUUUGGAGUGCAAAGGCAUUAGUUUCAGAGAUCAAGACUUCGCAAAAAGAGGUCGAGAGAAUGCUUCAAGAACAUAAAUCAACAUCAGUGCAGGGUAAACUGUUGAAGCACAAUCUUGAUUCUGGGGUAGUGGAUGCUCUCAAGGAUCUCAGAAACAAACUCUCUGAAACCGACACCAAAAUAAAAUGAAACAAAAUAUGUGUGGUUCUCUCCUUUCAAGAAACACCAACUUAUGUGUUCUAUUUCUUUAUAAAAUUAACAUAAUUUAAACUGCAAACACAUUUUUAAUAAAGUGUUAUUUGGAAGUA